AUGGCUGGCAUCGCUACUAGAUAUGUAACAGAAAACGAGUUCAAUAACGAGAUGAGUAUCGAAGAGCUCAGUCGACACGCACUGGCGUUAGACAUCCUUUUGACAGAUAAAACUAAGAGGGAUCAGGCACGACGUCGUUUCAAGAAAGGAUAUAACUUUAGCGAAAAACAGGUAUUUGCAUUAAUUCCUAAGCAGACGGCUGGUCAGAAAAAAGAAGGAGCCGUAUCCAAUACUCCUGAUACCACUCAGGAAGUAGAACCAAAAGAGGGGACAGUGAAUAUGUGUCAAAUUUCACCGAAAGAGACUAUUAGAGAUUUGGCCGAACGUAUUAUCCGAGAUAAUAUUAGCGAAAAAGAGGUAGAAGUUAUAGCCAAGGCCUUAUCUGGAACGGCCUCUAAUGCCAGCGCUGGCCUAUCACGCCUCACUAGACUUCGAAGAGAACUGAAAGCCCUCGGAGCCUCAAAAAAAAUUAUCUCGGCUACAUUUAUUCCAGACAUAACUUGUUCGGCUAAUAAAAUUCAAAAGGAGAAUAGAUUGUUACGUGAGAAUGAAGGGAUCUAUUAUCCAGACCACUUCUCAUUAGAAUCGGUUAAGGAAAGACUGGAUUCAUAUGUUGUGUCAAAUAUACCCGAUAAACAAGCCCUAGCCGAUGUAAUGAUAAUGCUUUGUAUUCGCCCUGGCGCUUAUACACAUCU